UCGUACGGCUCCAAGCUGCCUCCGCCGCUGCUGGCGCCCGCCUCGUUCUCCCUGCGUGGGGCUGGCUACCUCGUCGCCACAGCGUUCCUCGUGAGCGUGCUGUGCAUGGGCGCGAUCAUGCAGACCGUGGGGGUGGACAGCAUCGCGCCCAACCAGCUGCGGAACUACCCCCAGCAGAGAUCCCUGACGACGCUUCGCCUCGCUGCGGUUGGCGUCGAGCAGGACACGGACUCGGCGCAGAUUCUGCAGCAAUGGGACCUCCGGCUGAGUGACGACGCGGAGAGCGUCCAGCUCAGCAUCGCGUUCAACUCCGACAGCCCCGUCACUUCGGGCCAGUAUGUCCCCAUGAGCGAGGCCCAAGAAGCUCCGAGUGUCUCGGUUGAAGGCGGUGCGGACGGCAGCACCCAGCGCUACACGUACGUGCUGGUCGACAUCGACGCUCCGGAUCCCAAGGCCCCGACGCACGCACCGUUCCUACACUACAUUCUGGCGGACUUGACUGUGGACGGUCAAAGCCAGCAGCAACAGCAGGAGGUGGAGGUGGUGCCGUACUACCCGGUCACGCCGCCCAUCGGCGAGCACCGCUACAUUUCGCUGCUCUUCCGCCAGCAAGACAGCGGCCCGGAUGCGCCGGAUGCAGCGCUGACGGCCAAACGCUCCAACUUCGACGUCGCCGGAUUCGUCAAGACGCACAACCUGCAGCUCGUUGCCACCAGCAGCUUCCACUCGCACCCUGUUGCCCAAGAU